CCUUCGGGUCUUUCUGUAAAUUUCCAGCACAACCGAGCAUUCUUGGACGAAGGCGUUCUUGUGCACAGCGCCACAAGCACUCAAAGCCCACAUAGACAAGCACACUGUGCCCCUAAGGGAUGGGGAAGUCACGAUUAGUUGAUGAAUUCAGUCGGACGAAUGUCGCGAUUCCAAUGAAUCUGCGUUCCUAUGGGACGACUGGCAAGAGCCCAUUUGACUCCCGACUUGAACUCCAAGAUUUCAACGGCAGACUUGCGGAGAAGGUAGUUCGCAAGGCAGAAGAGCUCAUGAAGGUCGUUGAGGAUGUACUGAAAAAAGCUGGAUUCCGCAAGGGAGCUAGGACAACGAGGUGCGACAGUGGCAAUGCCAAUGGUAGCCCCGUAAGCCCCGAGCAAGCUGGCCGGCAGAUUUGCGGGCCCAAGCCCCACCGUCCCCCUUCUUUCCUCUUUCUCCACCAUCUCUUUUACCCAUGGCUUCUCCACCACGUGCCGACUCGAUCCACAUGCUCACCCUUUCGCUGAGCAAAAUGCAGGGACUGGGAGCCGCCAAGACUCAACGCCCUUCGCUGCCUUUUGUUCAUUGAA